AUGAAGAGGCGUGGCGGAGGCGGAGGUGGUAAGCGAGGAGGCGGUGGCGGAGGUGGAUCGAACAAGAGGCGGAAGAAGGAGAGCGGAAUGGCGGCUCACCGCUACGCGACCAAGCUGAGUGCCGAGGGCGGCGAGGUGGAGGAGCUGGUGUCCGAUCGUAUUCGUGACGUCACCGAUGCCGUGCGACGUGAGGAGGCCGCUGCCGCCCGAGCCCGGCGAGCCGAGCCGCAACAAAAUCGCGAUUCUGCACAAAAUGAAGAUGAAGAUGGAGGCGAAGAGGAAGAGGAGAUGACCUCCUACGAGCGGCUGCUCUGGUCCUUCGGCAACACCCUCAGCGACCAGGUCAAGCGGCGCAGGGAGGCCACCCUGGCCGCCAAGCGCCGCCAGCAGCAGGAGGCACUCAAGCAGCAGGAGCAAGCGGCCGCCCAGGCCAAGGCCCUGCAGAAGCAGAAGCUGAAGCAACAGCAACAGCAACAGCAGCAGCAGAAGAGCAAGAAGGCGCCCAAGAAGGUAGAAGAGAAGGCGGAGGAAGAGGAAGACGGUGCCGAGGAGGGCAGCAACGGUGAAGAAGAGGGCCGCGACGAGCAAGCUGCGGCCGAAGGUGAUGAGGAAGCAGAGGAAAACGAAGCCGAGGAAGCCGAGGAGCCCGAGGAAACCGACAACGCCACAGUGCAGGAGGAGGACCUCACCGCGCUCGGCGUUGAAGAGGAGCAGCGCGGUGAUCCCUUCCACUCAUUUGCCACCGAGAUCGAAACCGGCGAGGAGGUGGCAGCGCUGCUCGCCGCCACCAAAUGGAACACACACGAUGACGAAGUGCUGGGUGUCGUGCGUACGCGUCUGCCUCCCACCAAGGAGAGUGAAGAGAGCGCCGACGCUGUGGAACCCUCGUCGGCCGUCUUCCCUCCGGUAGCGGGCUCGCGUCUGCCGACUUCCGUUUCCUCUCGUCCUGCCACCUCCCUUGUCACUCGCUUCAAGAUGAAGAAGCGUCUGUCCGAUCAGUGGGAACAGGUCUUUGCCAAGAAGAAGACCAGAGUGUUCACAGACCUGCAGGAGGGGCUCUUCCCGGCCAUGAACGAGUACAAGGACCUACUCUUUACGGGGCGCACCGGACAAAACGCGGCUGAGAUCCGUUCGCUCUAUGUGCUCCAUGCCAUCAACCACCUCCUCAAAACGCGCGACACCAUCCUGAAGAACAGUGCCAAGCUCAACGCCACUGCCGAAGAGAAGAAAGCACUACUGGAUUUGAGGGAUCAGGGCUUCGUGAGACCCAAGAUCCUAAUUCUGGUCCCCUUCCGCAACACGGCCUUGGAAGUGGUCAAGCUCAUUCUUCAGCUGGCCCCGAAGCUGCAGCAGGAGCGCGUGGCAAACAAGAAUCGGUUCUUCAGCGACUACGGCGUGGAGGAGGAGACGAUCAACCCGAACCGCCCACAGGACUAUCUGGACACGUUUUCGGGCAACAUUGACGACUGCUUCCGAUUCGGUGUCAGCCUCACCAAGAAGACAAUCAAGCUCUUUGCCGAGUUCUACAACUCGGACAUCAUCAUCGCCUCGCCGCUUGGCCUUAGGAUGCUCGUGGGAGCGCCAGGUGAUAAGAAGCGCGACUACGACUUCCUGUCUUCGCUGGAGCUGGUGAUCGCCGAUCAGGCCGACGUGUUCCAGAUGCAGAACUGGGACCACGUGGGCCUGUUGUUCGAGCACUUCAACCUCAAACCCAAGCAAGCACACGACUGCGACUUCUCCCGCAUCCGAAGCUGGGCGCUCAACACCUGUGGCAAGUAUUUCAGGCAGACGCUCGUGUUUUCGUCGGUGCAGACGGUGGAGCUCCACGCGCUGAUGAACCGCAACUGUCACAACAUGCGCGGGACGGUGAAGGUGGCGCGAAAAGAGCCUGGUAGCAUCUCUCGGGUCGUGCUCAAGGUGCAGCAGGUGUUCCACAAGCUCGACUGCAACGACAUCGAGGCUGUCGACGAUGCCCGAUUCAAGUACUUCACUCAGAAGAUCUACCCGCAGCUCAAGGCCUCCGUGUCGAAGCAUGUCUUCAUCUUCUUUCCUUCCUAUUUUGACUACGUGCGCGUGAGGAACUUCAUGAAGGAGGACGCCGACGAUCCCUCGUUCUGCCUCUGCUGCGAGUACACUCCCGGCAAUGAGGUGGCGCGAGGCCGAAGUUUCUUCGCCACGGGACGGCGAGACUUCAUGCUCUUCACCGAGCGAUUCCACUUCUUCCGGCGAUACAAGAUCAAGGGCGCCAAGAACGUCGUCUUCUAUGGCCUUCCCCAGUACGGCCACUUCUACCCGGAGAUCCUGAACGGCCUGUCGGACGUGGUGGACACCUCGUGCACUGUGCUGUACUCCAAGUUCGACGUCUACCAGCUGCAGGCCAUCGUGGGGGAUGAGCGCGCCAGCUUCAUGCUCUCCUCGCCCAAGCUCGUCCACAUGUUCUGUUGA